CCUCCCCGUCCCCGGCAGUAAACGGCGCAGCAAGCUAGGCUGCGCCCUUGUUUCCACGUCAGUGAGGGAGAAGCGAAGAGGGGAGAGGAGCCGGUUCCAGCCGUUCCGCAGGGCGGCUGCCUUUCUCGGAACUAGCGGGCUUUCCGGAGCGGGCCGCCGCCGGUCCGGCUCCCCGGCAAUGCCGAGAGGCCCUCCGACGCCUCAGCAACUGCCCUCAGGCGCCGCCAUUUUGGAUGCCGGUUGGAUGGAGGGGUCUGUCAGGAUUGUGGAUAAGAACAUUUAUAUUAUUCAAGGCGAAAUCAAUACAGUAGUAGGAGCCAUAAAACGCAGUGCAAGAUGGAGUACCCAUACACAUUUGGAUGAAGACCGUGAUCCUCUUUUGCACAGCUUCAGUGUUUUGAAAGAAGUGCUGAAUAACAUAACUGAGCUUUCAUCCAUUGAGCCUAUUGUCUUCCUUCGACCUUUUCUGGAAGUUAUUCGUUCGGAAGAUACUACAGGCCCCAUCACUGGAUUGGCCUUGACAUCUGUAAAUAAGUUCCUCUCGUAUGCACUAAUAGAUUCUAACCAUGAGGGCACAGCUGAGGGAAUGGAGAACAUGGCAGAUGCUGUCACACAUGCCCGGUUUGUGGGCACAGACCCUGCGAGUGAUGAAGUUGUCCUGAUGAAGAUCUUGCAGGUCCUGAGGACUCUGCUCCUGACGCCAGUUGGAGCUCAUCUCACCAAUGAGUCAGUUUGUGAAAUCAUGCAGUCUUGCUUCCGUAUAUGCUUUGAGAUGAGACUUAGUGAGUUAUUGAGAAAAUCUGCAGAGCACACUCUGGUCGACAUGGUGCAGCUGCUCUUCACAAGAUUACCUCACUUUAAAGAAGAGCCUAAGAGCUACGUAGGGACUAACUUAAAGAAGUUGAAAAUGCGAGCAGGGGGAAUGAGUGACUCAUCAAAGUGGAAAAAGCAGAAGAGAUCGCCACGGAACUCUUGCCAUGUAGCCAAAGUAUCUCAAGGAACAGAGCAGCUUGCUGCCAAUGGGACAGGUGGAGUUAAUUUCAUUGAUGUACCUUCUCCCGUCUCAUCUGGAAGUUCAGAAAACGCAUCUACUACAGUCAGCCCUUCCACUGACAGUGGCUUAGAGAGCUCCUCUCAGAUCAGCUCCAAGGAAGAUCUUACGGACUUGCAGUUGGUCAACCCUUUAGGAAUCAGUACAUCAGUGCCUUUAACUGAGUCUAGAGCUAGAGAGCAGCUAGAGCCCCAGAAUGAAUGCCCCCGGGAAGAAAAGACGCCAUCUGCCUCAGUGGAGUCUAUCCCUGAAGUUCUGGAGGAGUGUACAUCUGUAGCUGAACACUCAGACUCUGCGUCUGUUCAUGACAUGGACUAUGUCAAUCCCCGGGGAGUGAGGUUUACCCAGUGCUCUCAGAAAGAAGGCACAGCGUUAGUACCCUAUGGGUUGCCCUGUAUCCGAGAACUACUCCGCUUCCUCAUCUCUCUCACUAACCCACACGAUCGCCACAACUCAGAAGUGAUGAUCCACAUGGGGUUGCAGCUGCUCACUGUUGCCCUGGAGUUGACCUCUGUUGCAAACUGUCCAUCUCUCCUAGGACUGGUGAAAGAAGAAUUAUGUCGAUAUCUCUUUCAAUUACUGAAUGUGGAGCGACUCAAUCUGUAUUCAGCUUCACUUAGACUUUGCUUCCUCCUCUUUGAAAGUAUGAGAGAACACCUGAAAUUCCAACUGGAGAUGUACAUAAAGAAGCUGAUGGAAAUUAUCACAGUGGAAAACCCCAAGAUGCCCUAUGAGAUGAAGGAGAUGGCCCUGGAGGCCAUAGUUCAACUCUGGAGGAUUCCUAGUUUUGUCACUGAGCUGUACAUAAAUUAUGACUGUGACUAUUAUUGUGCUAACCUCUUUGAAGACCUCACCAAACUGCUAUCCAAGAAUGCCUUUCCUGUUUCUGGACAACUGUACACUACUCACCUGCUGUCCCUUGAAGCAUUACUGACAGUGAUAGAUAGUACAGAAGCACAAUGCCAAGCCAAAGUGCUCAGCAGCAUCUACCAGCAGGAGAAGGAAGCACUAAAACCAAGUACAGAAACUCCCUGUAACAUGAAAGAAACAACCCAUAUUGUCGAGGGGCUGCUGACAGAUGGCAAAUCACCCGGUGCAGAAUUGCCAGACACUAAUGGCUCCUUGACAGCCAGCCACAUGAAGCAGCAAGACAGUCUGAAUUUGGAGUUGGGAAAUAACGCAGCAGAAAAGACCAUUCCAAAGAAGCCUACUCGCUUUUCCUGCGUCCUACCCACAACACAGGAAUUGAUAAUGAUUAAGAGCAAAAAGAAGCUCUUGAUAAGUGGUUCAGAGCUGUUCAAUCAAAAGCCAAAGAAAGGGAUACAGUUUCUUCAGGAGAAAAACCUCUUGGCUACCCCCAUGGAUAAUAAUGAAGUAGCAAAGUGGCUGAGGGAGAAUCCUCGACUGGACAAGAAAAUGAUUGGAGAAUUUGUGAGUGACCGGAAGAACGUAGACUUGCUGGAAAGUUUUGUGGGGACUUUCGGUUUUCAAGGCUUGCGAUUGGACGAAGCCCUGCGACUCUACUUAGAAGCUUUCAGGUUGCCAGGAGAGGCUCCUGUAAUCCAUAGGCUGUUGGAAGUCUUUACAGAACAUUGGCGCAAAGCGAAUGGGUCUCCGUUUGCCAAUAGUGAUGCUUGCUUUGCCCUUGCCUAUGCAGUUAUCAUGCUGAAUACUGACCAACACAAUCAUAAUGUUCGCAAGCAGAGUGUACCUAUGACUCUAGAGGAAUUCCGAAAAAAUCUGAAAGGGGUAAAUGGAGGCAAAGACUUUGAGCAGGACAUGCUGGAGGACAUGUACCAUGCCAUCAAAAAUGAAGAGAUUGUGAUGCCAGAGGAACAGACAGGCCUAGUAAAGGAAAACUACGUGUGGAGUGUGCUGCUGCAUCGUGGAGUCACCGAUGAAGGAAUCUUUCUGCAUGUCCCACGUGGAAGCUAUGAUCACGACCUCUUUGCCAUGACCUGGGGGCCCACUGUGGCAGCUCUGUCCUAUGUUUUUGACAAGAGCCUGGAUGAAACAAUCAUUCAGAAGGCCAUCUCUGGUUUCAGAAAAUGUGCCAUGAUUUCUGCCCAUUAUGGCCUCAGUGAUGUUUUUGACAACCUCAUAAUUUCUCUCUGCAAGUUCACAGCUCUUAGCAGUGAGUCCAUUGAGAAUCUGCCUACAGUUUUUGGAAGCAAUCCCAAAGCUCAUAUUGCAGCAAAGACUGUGUUCCACUUGGCUCAUCGCCAUGGUGACAUUUUGCGAGAGGGCUGGAAAAACAUCAUGGAGGCCAUGCUACAACUUUUCAGAGCAGAGCUGUUGCCAAAGACCAUGGUGGAGGUUGAAGACUUUGUAGAUCCCAAUGGCAAGAUCUCUCUGCAACGCGAGGAGACACCUUCCAACCGUGGCGAGUCCACAAUGCUGAGUUUCGUUAGUUGGCUGACACUCAGUGGCACAGAACAAUCUGGUAUGAGGGGGCCAUCUACGGAGAACCAGGAGGCAAAGAGAAUGGCCCUGGAGUGUAUAAAGCAAUGUGACCCAGAGAAGUUGAUAACUGAAAGCAAGUUUCUGCAACUGGAGUCCCUGCAGGAGCUAAUGAAGGCUCUCAUCUCUGUGACUCCUGAUGAGGAAACAUAUGAUGAGGAAGACUGUGCUUUCUGCUUGGAGAUGCUUCUGAGGAUUGUGCUGGAGAACAGGGACCGUGUAGCCUUUGUAUGGCAGGCAGUGCGAGACCACCUCUACCACUUGUGUGUUAAUGCUGUGGAGUAUUGCUUCCUAGUUGAGAGGGCAGUGGUGGGGCUGUUGCGGCUGGCAAUCCGUCUUUUGCGCAGAGAGGAGAUCAGUGCCCAGGUGCUGCUCUCCUUGCGUAUCUUGCUCAUGAUGAAGCCCAGCAUGCUGAACAGGGCCAGUCAUCAGAUUGCGUAUGGUCUUCAUGAGCUUCUCAAGACCAAUGCUGCCAACAUCCAUUCUGGAGAUGACUGGUACACGCUCUUUAGCCUCCUGGAAUGCAUUGGAUCAGGAGUGAAACCACCCCCAGCGCUGCAGGCUACAGCAAGGGCAGAGAAUGACACAGGGGCUCAGUCAGACAGUGAGAUCUAUCACCCAAAUGAAGCCAGCCUAGAUCGUGGCUACACUUCUGAUUCAGAGGUGUAUGCAGAUCACAGCAAGCAAGGCAAAAUGCAUCGUUCUGUGACUGAUGUGGAUGUGAUGAACAGCGGCUGGCUUGUGGUUGGGAAGGAUGACCUUGACAGCCCAAAGGCCAUGGCUGGACUCUCCAAACUGGGCAGUUCACCCUUGGUGAAUCAGUACAGCCUGACUGUGGGGAUGGACCUGGGCCCACACAAUACCAAGUCGCUCAUGAAGUGUGUUGAGUCCUUGUCUUUCAUUGUGCGAGACGCUGCCCAUGUCACACCUGAAAACUUUGAGCUCUGCGUCAAAACUAUCCGCAUCUUUGUAGAGGCCAGUCUAAAUGGAGGGUGCAAGUCCCAGGAAAAGCGAGGGAAGAGCCACAAGUAUGACCCCAAAUCGACCCGUUUCAAGAAGAAAGCAAAGGAGAGUUCCCUGAGGCACUUGAGGGCAUCCAGCCAGCAUCAGCACCGCUCGGCCAGUGAUGAGGAUGAUGAAGAUGAGAGCAUCCCUGCCAGUUACCACACUGUGUCUUUACAGGUUAGUCAGGACCUGCUGGACCUGAUGCACACCCUUCACACACGAGCUGCCACCAUCUAUAGCUCUUGGGCUGAAGAGCAGCACCAUCUGGAGGCUGCAGGAAAGAAAAUUGAAGCAGACUCUCAGACGUUAUGGGCCAAUUGCUGGUGCCCAUUACUGCAAGGUAUUGCCUGCCUGUGUUGUGAUGCAAGGCGACAGGUGCGGAUGCAGGCACUGACCUACCUGCAGCGGGCUCUCCUUGUGCAUGACCUGCAGGCUCUGGAUGCCUUAGAGUGGGAAUCCUGUUUCAAUAAGGUGCUGUUUCCUUUGCUGACCAAACUCCUAGAAAAUAUCAGCCCUGCAGACGUCGGUGGAAUGGAGGAGACCAGAAUGAGAGCCUCUACUCUCCUCUCCAAGGUCUUUCUGCAGCACUUGUCUCCACUGCUCUCCCUCCCAACCUUUGCUGCACUAUGGCUGACAAUUCUGGAUUUCAUGGACAAAUACAUGCAUUCUGGAUCCAGUGACUUGUUGCCAGAGGCCAUCCCUGAAUCACUGAAAAAUAUGCUGCUAGUAAUGGACACGGCUGGAAUAUUCCACAGUGCUGACUCACGAACAGGCUACUCUGAUCUCUGGGAGAUCACCUGGGAACGCAUAGACUGCUUUCUGCCAAAACUGAGGGAUGAGCUCUUCAAACAGACAGUCAUCCAAGACCCAGUUCCUACCUUACCAAUAGAGAUGCAUCCUUCCAAGCCAACAGUAUCUUCCCUGCCACAUUCCCCUGGAGGGGAUACAAGGACUGCCACUCAUUCAGCUCCCUCUGAGAAAUCUCCUGAGCUGGCGGCCAUUGCAGACCCUGAGACGGCUUCAGUUCCAAGCAGUUCCAGUCUCUCUGGACCACAGUUUCACCCUCCAGCAGCAGCACCUGUGAAAGUGAGCUCGGCGAAAGAUGCACCUCAAGCGGUGGCACAGCAACCUCUUAUUCUUCAGCCUCUGGCCUCCCCCUUGCAGGUGGGAGUGCCACCUAUGACUCUACCUAUUAUUCUGAACCCAGCCCUCAUAGAGGCCACCUCUCCUGUGCCUCUUCUGGCCUCCCAGCGGCCGACUGACCCCAUGACAGCUUCUGAAGUCAACUGAGGAGAGGAGUAAAGAGGACAGUUGGCUGCAGGGGUGAUGGUGGUACAGGAUGCUCUGUCUAGUAGAAGCCAUGAUUGCUGUAGGGAAGACCCUAGCAGAAGUGUGGAAGGCCACUAUGCAAUGUGGCUGUGCUCCCCAGUGGACCUAAGGCCAACAUUUCCAUCCCAGCUCAUCUGUUCCAUGGCCCUUGGCUCCUUUUGUGCAGAGGCAAUCUCUGUGUGGGUAAUGGCCAGCUUCUCUUCUCUUUAGAGUUAGGGGGCAGCAGUCAGUUUUUCAGCACACACCUUCUGCUGCCUGGGAUCUAAAAGAAAAGAAAGAAGGUAGGCGUUUCCUGCAGAGUGGAGCAGAGGAGCUAUAUUCCCUAGGAAAUUAAGCAGAGAUGCUCCUAUUACGGAUAUUUGCUUGCCUAUUC